ACAUCCACGCUCAUUUGCAACUCUCGUACUACUGAUGCGUCCGCCGACGUGUGGACAGGCACGCCGAACGUCCGCCUGAAUCCCUUUGUUGCGUGCCACAAAAACCGAAAACUAUCGGAUUGAUGGCAGACGCAUCUGCGGACGUCAAAUACCUACCAGAGACGCGCAAACUACCCCGUCUACACGUCGUCGGUGGACGCAUCUGCAGAUGCGUGCGUCAUUUGUGGGUCAAGAUUGGUGUUCACUGUGCAAAAUUUACAAAUGAAAAAGAGUGUGCAAAUGUUUUGGCAGCUGUCCAGAGGUAUGAUAUUCACCAUCCAGUUGUAAAUGACCCAGAUAGCACUCAAUGGGAAGCACUGGGUAUAAAAUGUUGGCCAACACUUCUUAUACUGGGGCCAAACAACAAGCCUUUGUUCGUGUUGACUGGAGAGGGUCACAGGCAGGAGUUAGUUUGGUAUGUGGAGGCGGCGCUGAAACACUUCAGCUCUCGUAUAUCUGACGCGUCUCUCCCUGUCUCAAUAUCAAAACAUGUGAAAGUUAAAGAUGAAGCAGCUCUUUCAUUUCCCGGCAAGGUCGCCCUAAACCCGUUCUAUCGGGGAAGAACAGAUGAGCCGUUCUUGGCUAUAUCAGAUACUGGAAAUCACAGACUGGUGCUUACGGAUUGCUCUGGAGUUAUUUUAAGAAUUGUCGGCAGCACGGAUUGUCGGCCUGGCUUCAAAGAUGGCAAGUUAGAGGAAGCGUUGUUCAACUCUCCUCAAGGAUUGUGUUGGCUUUCUAGCACAGUACUGGCUGUUUGCGAUACCAACAACCAUGCGCUCAGAGCCGUACACCUCGACGAAGGUACCGUCGAGGUACUCGUAGGAACCGGCGAGCAGUCCGCCUGUGGAGAUAUGGGCGGUAAAUACCUCGGGCUACAAGCGCUGUCCUCCCCCUGGGACGUGGUGCAGUACACUACGCCGGACCUGGACAUGUCGGUGCGAGCGCCCCCCCUGCCGCCCCCGCCCCCGCCCCCCGGACAAACCCCAGACCCGGAGAAGGACAAGAAGACUGAACCAAAAGAAAAGGAGAAAAAAGACGAGAAGCGCCGGGUGUUGUUAAUAGCAUGCGCGGGAUCUCAUCAAAUAUGGGCACUUUUCCUCGACACUACGAUAUGGUGGAAGUACAAGACAUAUCCUGAAGGAACUUGCGCUUGUAUCACCGGCUCGGGUGCUGAAGCGGCGCGCAACAGUUGUUUCCCCAAAACCGCUUCCUUCGCUCAACCCUCUGGACUCACUCUCAAGACUGGUUCGAAUCCGUUUCUUUUCGUGGCGGACUCGGAGAGCUCAUCCAUUCGAAAAAUAGGACUUUCUACGGGGCAAGUCACAACGCUCUGUGGCGGCGAUCGCAACCCUUUAAAUCUUUUCGCCUUCGGUGAUGUGGACGAAAUAGGAAUGGCGGCGAAACUCCAGCACCCUCUCGGCGUCGCCUACAGUGAACCAAACAAAGCAGUGUACGUGGCUGAUUCCUACAACCACAAGAUAAAAAAAGUCGACGUGAGCCUACAAAAGGUGACCACCCUCAACCCCAGCAUGAUCGAGACCGCCGACCCGGUGAAGUUCAACGAACCCUCCGGUCUCUCCGUCACUGCGGACGGCAAAUAUUUGUAUAUAGCCGACACCAACAAUCACAGCGUGAAACUAAUCAACUUGGCCAAGAACGUGUGCCAAGAGUUCAAAGUGCGAAUGCAGGACGUGAAAUUUGUCGAACCGGAGAAUCUGAUACUUUACAAGAAUGAUUUGUUCGUUAACAGAAAGUGCGGCAAUCUCAUUAUAUAUUUCAAUGUCAGUUUGGACUCUGACAUCAAAGGCGUAAAGUUUACUCCUGGCGCACCGCAAGAGUGGAACGUGUGUAUACGAGAUGAGAACAACAAGGAUGUCACUUUAGAUCAUUUCGAGUUUGUUGGUUCGGGUUCGCAUAAAGGAUCAAAAUUACCAGGCCGAGUAGAGAUGAAGAUUAAGCAAAAGAUGGACAAGACUCACUAUAGGCUGUACUUGAGCUUCCAUACUUCAUUGUGCGACAACACUGUCUGUUUUUCUCACUCUUUCACUAUACGUUCGACGAUCUUGGUUCGCGACUCGGUCAAAAUGGUGGAGUCAUAUAAAAUCACGUGUAAAGUGAAUCCUGUUAAUCGAGAGAGUAAACCUGAACAGAGGUCUUUGUGAGAUGUUUAUCGCGAAUAGAAUAUUAUAAAUUGAACGAAAUAGUUUAUUCAUCGUUGAAAUAAAAUGUAUUACUUAAAUUAUAGGGACGAACAAAAGUUUUCUAUGUGCUUCUAACUCUUAACUAAAACUGCGAUAUAAUAUAAAAAUAUAUAAUUCUUACAUUUUAAGUUCAAGAAGGUUGUUAAGUAAGUUUUAUUUUAUUUUAAGAAGAAUUAACAUUUUGCAUAAUGCAUAAUAUACUCUUUUUAGUGUUGGUUAUGUUACCUGAUAUUUAUAAUUACUAGUUUACCGCUAAAAGAUAAUAUUGUUUUAUUUUUGCUCCAGUUAUUUUUCUAUAAUAAAA